AUGCCAACCAACGGGAUCCACCAGGUCUUGAAGAUCCAAUUUGGCUUGAUCAACUGCCAGAACCGCUACCUGACGGCUGAGAGCUUUGGCUACAAGGUCAACGCCUCGGCGCCGAGCCUGAAGAGGAAGCAGAUAUGGACCCUGGAGCAGGAUGAGGCCGACAGCUCCGUGGUCUUCCUGAGAAGCCACUUGGGCAGGUACCUAGCCGCUGACAAGGACGGGAAGGUGUCGUGUGAAGCCGAGAAGCCAGGCAGAGACGGGCGCUUCACUAUUGUCACCCAGUCGGAUGGGCGCUGGGCACUGCAGUCUCAGCCCUACAAGCGCUUCUUCGGGGGCUCGGAAGACAGGCUGUCCUGCUUCGCCCAGGCCGUCACCGAGGCCGAGCUGUGGACCGUACACCUGGCCAUCCACCCGCAGGCCAACCUGCUGAGCAUCAGCCGGAGGCGGUACGCGCACCUGAGCGCCUUGGAGGACGAGAUCUCCACCGACAGCAACAUCCCCUGGGGUGUGGACGCGCUCAUCACCCUCACCUUCCAGAACCAGCGGUACUGCCUGCGGGCCUGCGACAACCGCUACCUGCAGAACGACGGCGCCCUGGUACCGGAGCCCGGCCCGCGCACCGGCUACACCCUGGAGUUCAAGGCAGGGAAGCUGGCUUUCAAGGACUGCGACGGGAAGUACCUGGCGCCCAUGGGGCCCACGGGCACCCUGAAGGCCGGGAGGAGCUCCAAGCCGGGCAAGGACGAACUCUUUGAUCUGGAGGAGAGCCACCCGCAAGUGGUUUUCCUGGCGUCCAAUGGCCGAUACGUCUCCAUCCGGCAAGGUGUCAACGUCUCGGCCAACCAGGACGAGGAGAUGACCCACGAGACCUUCCAGAUGCAAAUUGACAGAGAGACCAAGAAGUGCGUCUUCCAUUCCAACGCGGGCAGCUCCUGGACCCUGGUGUCGCACGGGGGCAUCCAAGUCACUGCCACCAGCGUUGCUGCCAACAGCAUGUUCGACAUCGAGUGGCGCGGCCGGCGGGUGGCCCUCAAGGCCAGCAACGGCAAGUACAUCUGCGCCAAGAAGAACGGGCAGCUGGCCGCGGUUAGCGACUCCGUUGGGGAAGACGAGGAGUUUGUCCUCAAGCUGAUUAACCGGCCCAUCCUGGUGCUGCGGGGCGACCACGGCUUCGUCUGCUGCCACCGCGGCUCCAACCUGCUGGAUGCCAACCGGGCCACCUACGACGUCUUCCAGCUGCUCUUCAGCGACGGGGCCUACCACAUCCGGGGCCUGGGCGGCAAGUUCUGGUACGUCGCCAGCAGCGGUGCCAUCUGCAGCGACGGGGAGAUGUCCGAGGAUUUCUUCUUCGAGUUCCGGGAGCGCGGGCGCAUGGCCGUCCGGGGGAAGAACGGCAAAUACCUGCGCGGGGACCCAGCCGGCACCCUGCGCGCCGACGCCGACUCCCUGCCCCGCGCCACGCUCUGGGAGUACUGA